UAUUACUAAACCUCUUAAUAAGUUCUGUUUUUCACUUACAGGAAUUUGGUAUAACAUUUUGAGUUGUAUCGGAAAGCUUUCGGUUAUCAUUAAUGCUUUUGUAAUUGCUGUCACAUCUGAUUUCAUUCCACGCCUUAUGUAUCAAUACGCAUAUAGUCAAAAUGGAAGCAUGCAUGGCUUCAUCAAUCACACGCUCUCAUACUUCAAUGUCAGUCAUCUCAAGGCUGGAACACAACCAGAAAACUCCCCAUUUGCACAGGACAUUUUAUUCUGCAGGUUUAAAGAUUACAGAGAACCACCUUGGUCCCAAAAUCAGUAUGAGUUUUCUAAACAGUACUGGGCAGUCUUAUCUGCUCGCUUGGCUUUUGUUAUUCUAUUUCAGAACUUGGUGAUGUUCCUCAGUAUUUUGGUUGACUGGAUGAUUCCUGACAUCCCCAAGGACAUCAGUGAACAAAUCAAAAAGGAAAAAAGUGUGCUUGUUGACUUCUUCUUAAAGGAAGAGCACAAAAAACUGAAAUUAAUUGAAAGCUUUAUCACAUGUGACAAGAGCAAACAUGAAAGUGGGACCAAAGGCCAAAGAAUCCGAGCUGCAAGCUUCUCUCAGUUUAAUCAGAGUCAGAAAGGCAGCACUGCCUCCUUCAGCUCACAGCACACAGAAGUAUGACUCCAUAAGGAGGAUAACCUCUGCAAUAACUUUUUACUGUGUGCUGUGAUUCUGAAAAAAGAAAGGGAGAGAGAAACAGUUAAGGAAGAAAUGGAACAAAAAAGGAUGCUUCUUUUUCUUUUUUAGAAACUCCAUAUGUAAGUGUCUCUGUUACAUUUUAUAUGUUAUCUGAGCUUCUACAUUUUCAGAGUUUACCAGUACAGGAUAUAGGCUAUGUUGAGUCUGUAGCUGGUCCCCAUAGUGGUGCAUGUCAACUGAGUAGGUAAGCAGGAAUGCUUCUCACUUAUGCAGUCCCUGAACACAUUCCCUGUGAGGAAUGGGAGAUGGAAGGGAUAUUUCUGCCCUAAUAUCUGUCUGUUAGCAGAUCUGACCAACCCUACUGAAAUGUGCACAAGACAUGGUCUCAUGGCUUUUAGCUGUCACUAUAUGGCUGAUAAACAUGUAGAGUCUUGGGGGUUAAUGUGCCUUCCUAACUUGUACUGCCACUUAGUGAUGUCAUGGCAGAGCAUUCAGGGCCACUGGUAAGUGCACUCAACUUUGAAAGCAGAAGGAACUGAAAAUAACUGAGGACUUCCUAUAUAUCUCCAUAUAUAUCAUAUUUUGCUUUGCAGGACACUGAACACAUGUGAUAAUAAGCAGAGGCCACAAUGUAUGCAUCAGAAUUAAGUAAAGCUGCUAGAACUAGAAAGCUCAUUGUUAUUCAUCGUCCUGAACAGAAAACUGCAUGUUUGAUUCUUCUCUCACAUAAACUUAAUGCAGACAGUAUAAUUUUUUUUGUGCCGUACUAUAUUACUCCUUCUUAUACAUAUUUUCCAAAAUGAGUGAUUUGAAGACCUUCUGAAACAAUGUAAUGAAUGUAGACUAUUGACAGUGUAUAUAUUUGGUGUUCAUAAGUGAUUCCAAUAGGUAGGAAAAUUACAGGAAAUUGUUCUUUUUAAAUACAAUUUAAGAUUUGUCCUAGUAUGAUUACUUCACAGUCACCUGCAGACAGAUAAACAACAUCCUUGUGAGGCACAGAAGUCAUGAUACUGCAUCUUGUGUAUCAGAGAAUGCACUUGAUAUGAUCACAACAUAGCUAUUAAAAUUCAGGUAGAUUCCCUCUGUAGUUACCUCAGAAAGAAAGGCACUGGCAAACUGGCUACCCAUCUCAUCUUGACACUGCUGUCUGAAAGAAAUGCACGAAUUCUUGGCUCUUAUUUUACUUUCAAAGGACCAACAAGCCCUGUCAGGGAAUCUAAGGGCCCGUAUUUUAUGUCAGCUGAUAUUAAUGACAACUAUGAUCUCAUUUGCACUAUGUAGUAUUUUGGUAGGGAGAUCUGAGGGUUUGGAACUGUCUACUUGUUGUGGUUUACACUUCUAGUUGACUGAUUCAAUUAACUUUCUUCAAAGCAAAAUGUCUCAGAUGGGGAGAAAAGUCAAGUUUUUAAACAGCAGAAAUAACAGUCAAGCAAGAACUUUAGAAUAUUUUAUUCUCCUUUUCUUUUUUCAGAUAGGCAGAAGUACAUGCAUGGUUUAGAAUGAGUUUCAUAAGUUACACUCUUUUUCCAGUAACAAACUGGAUGCAACAUAGUCAAAGUGAAGACUCUUCUUAACGGAACCAUUUCUGCACACUUUCUCUCUACCAGGAAAUACCCUUUUAAAAAAUUCUGAGUCACUCAGAAAUGGUCAGAAAAAAACUAUGCCAAAGUUGAAUGUAUUAGGCACAGAAUUUCUGUAACGAGCAACUGAAAUGCUUUCUGUGAUAAUGUGCUUCUAGAUUUCCUAGCAAAAGGAACUACAGAAGCAGGCAGACAUACCCUGAUGCUCUGAAAUUUCUCUUGAGAUUUGUAUAUCUCACCCAAACAAGGCUGGGAAAGAGGCAUUGCAGCAAACACAGCUGAUGUCCAGAUUUGGAUCUAUUAUGAUAUCAAAAGCAGGACACACACAGCUCAGUUAUCUUUACCUGUGAUAUGCUUUCUGUGUUUCUCUUGAGAUUUCUUUCACUGAAAAUUCCUGCACAUUUGCUGCUUGACCUCAGUCCCUGAGGACUGCAUUCAUUGUUACACUUCUGUGGUAGCCUCUGGAUUCUUCUGAUACUAAUUUCCAUCAGUUCCUGUAACUGUAGAUCACUGAUUGAUUCUUUAUUCAUUCCCAGUUUCUAACUUUUCUCCUUUGGACAAAGAAAGACUUUAUCUGAUCCCUUUUCAUUAGUAUACUUGUAAGUCCAGACACAAAGUACCCCCUUACUAUUACAUGUAUUUCAGAAGCAAACAAUGACUACUUCAAGAGACAUGUAUGGAAAGCUCUCUCUAGGGAAGAAGAGAGCAGGAAUGCAAGUAGAAAUGCAAAGCAGUUACAAAGCCUCUGAGCUUUUGUGAUUCCUUGCAAUGAAAAUGAGUUAAAAUCUCUGCAAAAGAAAGGAGAAAAGGAAGUAGAGAAGAAAUUUGUGCAGAUCCCUCUAAACAUUCUGUUCAGAUUUUAGUAGAUCCAUCCAAUAAUUCCAACAGUAAAGUAAGAAUAAAAACAACAGUAAGUGCAAACAGAUGAAAAUCUACAUCCCUUUGUGUAUAAAUAUUUAAUGCUACUCGGAUACAGUCACAAAAUACUGAACCCACAUUCUAGGCUUCAUGUCUAGUGGCAUUAAGAGGGACAUACAUAACACAUAUCUAUUCAGAACAGUGAGAACAGGAAGUAAAAAAAUAUAAUGACUGUAAUAUAAAGCUUUAACAGAGAUAUAACUGGUCCUGAUGUAAUUAUUAGGCAGUGUAAAGAGUCUCUACUUCUUAGUCUCUCUACUGCUAGCAGAAUCUUAUGGUAACUAACAGAGAUUGUUGUUCCACAUACCACAGCUUCUCCUUUGUGCUGCUGGUGCAAGAUUAAAACAGCUUUCUGAAGUUAUUCAAGAGAAUAAAUUGACUCAGAUUGAAGGUGUUUUUGCUCCUUGCUUCUGAGUCACACUAUGAACUUAAGCACCAUUCAGUUAGAGAAUCCAAAUCCAUACAGACAGGUUAACCUCUCCACGGUGGCUAUCUCCAGUUUUAAAGAGGGCUUCCAAAAAUUAAACGAAGCUGCAGGGGGAUGUUACCCCUUUCCAUCAUGCCUUUUUAAAGGAGACUUGCCCUCUUUUUAAAGCAUCAUCACUAGUAGAAGUAUCAAUGUAAUUUUUUUCAGCAUUCUCAGAAAGUAGAAAAACGUUGUUAUAUAGACCUCUCCUACAAUUUGAUCUUUCAUGGCAUUAAAAACUAGUUAAACAUAGUCCAGGGAAUAAAAAGGUAGCGUAUGUGGAAGUAUAUCUGUUAAAUUAUUGCUUGGAAAUAUCUACUUCAACAUGCAUGGUAUCUACCACUGUUACCAAUAAACACUUUUGACUACAGGAGAGUCUGUUGCUGUUCUGUUCUGUUGCUGUUACACACUCUCAUCCUUUAACUAGGCAUAGAUGGCCUUAUAUUCCACCUGGUACAAUUCUUUUGCUUUUGAGAAGAAAUUACAA